AGUUCGCUUUCUAGUUGAUCGUAUUUACAUGAUUUUGCUAGAUUCGUUAAUUCACGGAUAUAUUCCUCCGCUGUUUCGCCCUCGCGUUGGUUUCGGUUGUUAAAUUUCGCCCUUGCUCUCACAUGCAUGCACAUUGGGUUGCAUACAUGCUACAAUUUGCGAUGUGUAUGAGAAAGGAAACGGAAACAGUAACUCAAUUUAUAACUAGACUUCGUGGUUUGGCAGGAAAUUGCGAAUUUGGUGCAAAUUUAAACGAACGUCUGCGUGAUCAAUUCGUAAUCGCAAUUAAUAACUCUGCGUGGCAACAAGAGAUCAUUCGGGAACGUCCAAAUAAUUCUGCAACUUUGUCAGAAAUUGAAGCUACAGCCGUGAAGCUUGAACAAGCAAGUAUUCAUUCGCAAAAAUUAACGUCACUUACUCAACAAAAUCAAUUAGAACAUGCAUACCGGGUAACAAAACAAAACUUCAACAAACACAAAAACGAACAAAGGUCGGAAAGAAUACCUAAAUCUUUUGACAGAAAACAAAAAUGUUUGUUUUGCGGUAAUAAACGACACGAAAACGUACAAACUUGUCCAGCUAAGGAUAAAUCCUGUUCUUCGUGCGGGAAGAAAGGACAUUUUGCAAAAGUUUGCAUUUCUUCAGGAAAAAUAAAGUUAAACAAAAAUCAAACUACAAACACGCGAAACGUAACAACAAAAACAAACGAUGAGUCAUCAUCUGACAACGGAACAAGCUCAGAUACUUUAACUAUAUGUAACAUACGAACAUCAAAGAAAGUAAUGUUAACAGUUAAGAUUGAAAACAAGGAUUGUCAAAUGCUUUAUGACCCAGGAGCUGCACAUUCAGUAAUAGGGAAAAAAGUAUGGAAAAACUUGGGAAAACCUAAGUUACAACCCACGAACAAUCUUGUAGCUUAUACCGACAUAGAAAUCAAAACAUUAGGAACAACCAAAGUACAAGUCACAGCAUAUGGAAGAACACUAACACUACCCAUUUACGUGGUUGAGCAAGACGACACACCUUUAUUUGGUCUCGAUUGGUGCAUAGCAUUCAAAACACCAUUACCUGAAGGAGCACGAAUUUGUAACAUUCAAUAUCAGAAAAACAACGACAAACAGAUCGUAUCAAUUGAGAAAGUAGAAAAGCAAUUAACGAAAAUUUUAGAACAACAUAAAGAACUAUUUGAUGGUAGCAUUGGAACCAUAAGGGGACACACAGCCCGCAUACACAUUUCCAGCGAUGUAACACCAAAGACUUUUAGGCCUCGACCAGUACCUUUAGCCUUACAGAAGAAUGUAUCAAAAGAGAUUGAAAGAUUAGUUAAAGAAGAUGUAUUAGAACAAAUAGAUACAACUACCACACCGAUCGAAUGGGCGACACCAGUGGUGAUAGCAGUUAAAUCAAAUGGAAAUGUUCGUCUUUGUGGAGAUUACAGAGUCACAAUAAAUCCAUUCGUUCAGGCAGACAAUUAUCCUCUACCGAGAUGCGAGGAUAUGCUUAGUAAACUGAGUGGUGGAAAACAUUUUUCACGAAUAGACUUAAAAGACGCAUAUUUACAAUUACCCGUUCAUUCCGAUUCAAGAAAAUAUCUAGUUAUUGCAACACACAAAGGUUACUAUACCUACAAACGUUUACCCUUCGGAGUCUCAUUUGCUCCAUCAUUAUUCCAACGAACGAUGGACCAAAUAUUAAAUGGAUUAGAAGGUACCACAUGUUAUUUAGAUGACAUAUUAAUAACUGCACCAGACAAGGAAACUCAUUUGAAACGAAUUGAACGUGUGUUAGCACGGUUACGACAAGCUGGCAUCAAAACGCAAGCAUCUAAGUGUGCCUGGUUACAGAAGGAAAUUGUGUUUCUGGGACAUAAAAUAGAUAGAAAUGGGUUACACCCAACUGAAGAACACAUCCAUGCAAUACAGCAAAUGCCACGACCUCGAAAUGUCACAGAAUUGCGUUCUUUUCUGGGAUUAAUCACAUAUUAUGCCAAAUUUAUCGAAAAUCUACAGAUCAUUUGUGAACCCCUUCAUCGACACCUUAAGAAGAAUACGUCAUUCAAUUGGACAAAUCAUGAUUCAGAAAUAUUCAAAUCACUGAAGAAAACUUUAACCUCAGAAUCAACAUUAGUACAUUAUAAUGAAAAUUUACCACUUUACGUCAGUAGUGAUGCAUCGGCAAGAGGAGCAGGAGCGGUGCUAGCUCACAAAAUGCCCGACGAUACCCUAAGACCUGUUGCAUUCACAUCCCGUACUUUUACAGACGUAGAAACCAGAUAUUCGACAAUUGAUAAAGAAGCAUUAGCUAUUGUCUAUGCGGUAACAAAAUUUCACCAAUAUCUGUACGGACGACAUUUUUAUCUUUUAACCGACCAUAAACCGCUAGAACGUAUUUUUAGUCAUAAACGCGAAACACCAAAAAUAGCAAGCAAUCGAUUGUUAAGAUGGGCUAUGUUAUUGAACAGUUAUAAUUACACCAUCAGAUAUACACCCGGAAAACAAAAUCAAGCGGCGGACGCUUUGUCAAGAUUACCUAUCUGUGAAGAUACACCAAGUAAAAAUGAAGCGAUUGGUCUACUAAAGCGAGGACAUCUGUUACACCUCCGAGUUAAACACCUGCCGAUGUCAAGAAAAGAAUUACAGAAAGAAGUUUUUAAGGAUCACGUGUUGUGCAAAAUAAUACCAUAUAUUAAAACAUAUUGGCCAUAUUACGAAAAAAGGGAUAAGCUAUCGUAUGAGGAAGAUAUGAUUCUUUGGAAGGGAAGGAUAUGUAUCCCAGAGAAACUUCGCAAAACAAUAUUAAAGAUGUUGCAUGAGGGACACCCGGGAAUCACAGGAAUGCAGAGUAUGGCGAAAUUACACGUCUACUGGCCAAAUAUCAACAACGAUAUACAAAAGUUUAUAGAACAUUGCGAGUAUUGUCAAAGCUCGAGAAAGAGUACCCAACAUCUACCUCUAUAUUCAUGGGCAGCACCACCAGUUCCGUGGUCACGAAUCCAUCUGGAUUUUGCAGGACCGUUUGAAGGAAGAAUGUGGUUAGUGGUUAUCGACGCCUACACCAAAUGGAUUGAAAUUGAACCGAUGAAAUCAACGACAAGUGCCAAAACAAUAAAUAUUUUAAGAAAAAUGUUCGCGCGGUAUGGACUGCCUAAAAUAAUAGUGACUGACAAUGGACCACAAUUAACAUCGGAAGAGUUUGAAAGUUUCUGUGCGUCGUUAGGUGUAAAGCACGUACGUACCACUCCAUAUCACCCGCAGACAAAUGGGAUCGCGGAAAGACUUGUAAAAACUUUUAAGAAUCGCAUGAAGUGUAGUGAAAAAGAUAUAGAUCUAAAUACGCGAGUGCAAUCAUUUUUAACUUCAUAUCGAGCAACCCCUACUAGAACGACCGGACGAACACCGUACGAACUUAUGUUUGGUCGGCUCAUGAGAAAUAAGUUUGAUCAACUGAAACCGGAUGUACACAGACGACUCGAUGAGGAGAGUAUAAGACAAAAGCAAUGUUAUGAUCGACACCAUGUAAAAGAGAAAUCCUUCGAGAUAGGAGAGCCUGUUUGGGUCAACAACCCGUUAGCGGACGGAUCAAAACCGGGCCAGAUAGUUGAAAAAACAGCACCGUACUCUUAUAUAGUAGAUCUGGGAAAUUCUGUAAAACGAAAGCAUGCAGAUCAGAUGAGAUCUCGAGUAAAAUCCCCUCUUAAUGAUGUACCAACUACCCCAGAAAAGCCAAAGGAAAUAUUCACGGAAAUUGACGAAUCAACCAGUAUGGAAGACCCAAAAUGUGACACUCCAAAGAAAAAGAUACCCCAACCUGAGAUUAUAACAGAUCGGGAGUCCGAAACGAAGCCUAGACGGAAUCCUAUCCGGGAUCGACGACUUCCGGCGCGUUAUCAAGUUUAAGUGAGGGAGGGAUGUAGUAUUAUGGCGACAUCUAGCGGCAAAAUUGUAGAACGCUCACGUGUUAACGAGUGCAACGACGACCAAGGACAGUUAACACACGACCACCAACUUAGAAGCAUCACCUAGUUUAAGUGAAAUCAAACUGUUUUAAUCGUUUAAGCUGUUUUAUGUUAUUCAAUCAAUAUAACAUAGUUAUUUGAACAUUUUUAAAUUGUACUUUAUUAUAAUAAAUAAUAAUACCACAAUAACCAUUUCUACUUUCAGCAGUACAAAAUAAGACAGACUAACAGUAGAAUAUAAUAAAUUUAAUAUUUUAUUGUGGGAGGAAUAAGCAUCAAACUUUGGGUCUGAGGGACCCAGCCUGCCGAAUAGUGUGAUUUUUAAACCACCCGUCAACUGCAGGGUUAAAGGAGGAAUUGAAAAGGCUCCAACAGCAGAUGAAAAUGAUGGUAGAAGAAAAGAAAAAACCGGAAGCAGAGACAACGGGCGUCAUAACCAACUUCGUAUAGGUAUCAGAAAAAUUUAAUUUCAUCAAAGAAGAGUGGCAGGUAUGGAUCACACAUUAUGAACGAUAUCGUGUUGCAACGAAUUUAAACAUGCGCCCCGAAGCAAUUCAAAUCGAUUCGUUAUGUCUACACUUGGGUGUCGAAAUAACGCGUAUUUACAAGCAAAUUUUAAAACCGAGGACAAUGUUAAAACGUACAAAGGACUGAAAGAAUUCCUUGACGAGAAGUUCCCAAAAACGCACAAUAUAAUUUACGCGAGAGCGAAAUUUAAUUAAUUUAACCAAUGCGGAAGAAUAUAUUCGGGAAAUAAUCAAUUUAGCGAAAGCAUGCAGAUACCAUCAACUCGAAAACGAACUUGUACGCGACAAAUUAGUUGUUGGUAUAAGAGAUCAUAAAUUAUCUGAAAACCUACAACUCGAUGAGUCAUUAACGUUACAAAAAGCAAUAGAUAAAAUAACGCAGGCAGAACGCAUAAAAUGCGAAAAUACGAAAUUACGUGACGACCGAAAUCGAGAGUCGCCUACAAGGAGUCUGACUAGUCCGAACGAAACCGGGUCUGGCGCAGACGAGAUAUAAAACGGCUGGCGACAAAAUGAACAAUAACGGCGAAAAGAAAUGUUUUCGAUGUGGCGAUAUGAAUAAACAUGUUAAAACAAAAGGCUAUGAAACAAACAUGUAAGAAAUGUAAUUUUAAAGGCCAUUUUGCAAGACAAUGCAGAACGAGAAAAGAAAAAUACGUAAAAUUAGUAAAUAAUGAAACUGAAAGAGAAAACAUAUAAAUUCAAUUAAAUAAGAUGGAAAGGGAUGGUAUUAUAGAGAAAGUAGAGAAACCAACCGAAUGGUGCGGCGCGCCAAUAGUAAUCGCACAAAACAAGGACAAAGUGAGAAUAUACGCAGAUUUUACAGAACUUAACAAAAACGUAAAAACAGAAUUUUACCAGUUACCAUUUAUUGACGAAACUCUUAGUAAACUCCAAGAAGGAAAAAUAUUGACUAAAUUGGAUUUUUCCAGAAGAUUUUGGCAACUUAAGUUGAACAAAAAGUCAAGAAAAUAUACCACAUUUAUUACACCAUUUAGCAGAUUCCGAUACAAACGAAUACCGUUUGGAAUUUCAUCGGCACCAGAGUUAUUUCAGAAGACAAUAGAUAACAUAAUGAAAGAGUUGAAAAUAAUAAACAUUGUAAUUGUCCAUGCAGAUGAUAUUCUGAUAGCAGCGGAAACCGAUGAAGAACACGAACAAGCACUGAAGAAAGUACUAAAAAUUCUAAAAGAAAAUGGAUUAACCUUGAAUAAAAGAAAAUGUGAAUUCAAAAAAGAAAAAACAACAUAUCUGGGGUAUGUAGUAAGCAAAAAUGGAAUUAAAGCCGACCCAAACAGCAUUAAAGCAAUAAAAGAAUAUUCAACACCAAAAACAAUCACUGAAAUGAGAAGAUUUCUGGGAAUGGUAAACUAUAUGGGAAGAUUUAUUUCCAAUCUAGCAGAAAAAACAGCGUCAAUCCGUGAACUGUUGAAAACCGAUACAGAAUUCAUAUGGAGCGAGCACCAAGAAAAACAUUUCAAUAACUUAACGACCGAAAUUGCAUCACCCAGGGUAUCAACAAGAUUUUCCACCAGAAAAAGGACAAGAGUCUCAGCGGAUGCAUCAUGAUAUGGAGUGGGAGCUGUACUGGAACAAGAACAAUCUGAAGAUGUAUGGAAACCCGUGUACUUCUGCUCCGAAACAUUAAAUGACACGGAGAAAUGAUAUGCGCAGAUAGAAAAGGAAGCGUUUGCAGUGACGUGGGCAUGCGAAAAACUGGAACAAUAUUUACUGGGUUCACAAUUCGAAAUCCAAACAGACCACAAACCAUUGACCGUUAUCCUAACUACUAAAGAGAUAAAUAAAUUAUCAAAUCGUUUACGUAGAUUUAGAAUGAGACUGUCCAAAUUUAAUUAUACUAUCAAAUAUGUUUCAGGAAAACAAUUUUAUAUACCGGAUGCCUUGUCAAGGGCACCAACAGACCAACCAGAGGCGGACAUGGAUUGUUUAGAGGAAGAACCCGAAAUUGAUAUCUAUGUCAAUGAGGUGAUACAAAAAACAUCACAAUUUAUGAACGACAAACUUUAAAACAAUACCAUAAAUACUCAAAUAAACUAAAGAUAGAUAAAAAUAUGUUAAUAUACGAAGAUCGUAUACUAAUUCCAAAAAGCUUGAGAAAGAAAUGUUCGGAAGCUAUCCAUAAGGGACACCAAGGCAUUAACAAAUGCUUGGGAAGAACUAAGGAAACAAUAUGGUGGCCAGGAAUUAGACGAGAAAUAUCACAAAGAACAGAAAAUUGCGAAAAUUGUCUAAAAGAUAAGACUCCGGCAAGAGAACCAAUGAUUUGAAGUUUUGUACCCGAAAGACCAUGGAAGAUCUUAGGAGCUGACAUAGCAACAUAUAACAACAAUAACUAUAUUAUAGUACAGGACUAUUACUCAAAACAUCCUGAAAUAAGAAAACUUGGAGAUAUGACCAGCAAGACAACAAUAGACUGUCUCAAAGACAUAAUGUCACGCCAUGGUAUUCCCACACAACUGAGAACCGAUAAUGGAAAACAAUUCGAUAACUACGAAUUCCGUCAAUUUGCAAAAGAAUAUGGAUUUAAGUGGACAACGAGUAGUCCAGAGUACCAACAAUCGAAUGGACAAGCUGAGAGCGCUGUCAAAAUAAUAAAGAAAAUCUUCCGAUUAAAUGAAGACCCAUAUAUGAGAUUAUUGAUUUACAGAAAUACACCACUAAAAUGCAAUAUUUUACCAGCACAACUUUUAUUUGGACGAACUUUAAGAGAUUGCUUACCAAUACUCAACUCAAAACUGCAACCUAAAUUACCGAAUUAUAAGAAAAUAAAAGAAAAACAGAAAAAUAAUUACAAUAAAAGGCAUAGAGUAAAAAAAAAUGAACCAUUAGGAAUGGGGCAGAAAUGGUAUGGAUAACAAACAUGAAGAGUGAAGGCAUUGUAAAGAAAAGGACAAAGAAACGGAGAAGGGUGAGAUCCGAAGAAAUAGAACUUACAGAAUCUACCCAUCUCGGAAUACGAAGGGGAAAACGAAGAAGAGAUGAAUAACCAUAGACCUCAAAACCCUGAACUGGAAAAAGAAAAACGCAAAAGAAGACCACCUCAAAAAUUUAAAGACUUUAUAAUGUAAAUAUUUUAUUUGAUAAUAAUCAUGUUUUAUGUUUGUAAAUAUAUUGUUAUAAUGUAGGACAAUAAAGAAAAGGGGAUGUAGGGUAUACUACCAAAAAUACACAGCCUUGUGUGGUGGUGUUGUCAAGUACGUUGUAACAAAUAAAGUUAAUCGAGCUAGAACCCUUAUAUUAUUCAGUCGUCACACGUGUACGCCCAACAUUGACCAAGUCUGAAAUAACUUUUAAUUUCGGAGUUUGCCUAGUAUGCAAAUAUGCAAACUUAGGUGUGCCAAAUGAGGCUCAGGCAAAGUCCUAAAAGUGUAAAUUAACUUCGGACUUUGCCUAAGUGGGUUAGGCGAAUUAAGGUGCGCAUAUUUAAAACACUGUUUACUGCUAUCAGCGUUAUCAACAAGCUGUCUAUAUGUGCUCACUCUUUGGCUUCUUAACUAACAAUAAAAAUAACAGAAUUGGAAUUUUCCCAAUAAAGCUCUAUUUUUGUAAAUAAAAAAAAACUAACAACAUAGAUACAAAAACUAACAAUACAUAAGAUUAUAUAGGAAACUGUGUAAACCGUUACUUGUUUGAAGACGAGUUUGAAUGGUGACAUUUCGAGUUGCAAAACACAUUUUUUAUUGCAGUUACACUUCAAAAACCCUUGGCCCCUGAAAGCAGCGUUUUGGCUACUAAUCUAAUGCAGAGAGAAUUCAAUCUCUGGGACGUCUUGAAUUUUCAAAAGUGUGUCUUUGCACGCUUGAAUUUGAUUUCUCGAAUACUGCGAGGCAAUAAUUCCUUUCUUGGUUCCAAUUUUAUAGAGUCCAUCAUUUGUUGUCUCCAAAACUACGCCAAUUAAGUUUCACGCGUCUCCUUUGCUCCUGUCAAGGGUUGGAACAGGCACAGUAACUGAUGUUCCAACCUCAAUCGGGGGAAAUUUUUUAUUAGAUGUAAACUUCAUUUUCUCUGCCUACUCUUUCAAUCCUUCGACAGCUUUCUCUUGAUUUGAAGUCAUCGUUUUUCUUGCACACCGAAGACAUAAAACUGAUGCUCCGUAACCCUCGUUGGUAUUACUUGUACUCUGGGCACAGAUGACAUGAACAUUUUGCGCACAGCUAUAACACUUGUGGACUCCUGAAGUUUCUUUUUCGCAUAUGCAAUAAACAGGUUCCAAUUUUGCCAUAUCAACAUCAAGGGCAGGAGUUGUUCCUUUAGUAUUUUCUGCAUCAGGAAACGGAGUUUAUUCUUUAGUAUUUUCUGCAUCAGGAAACGGAGUUGAUUCUCCAAGACUUUCUGCAUUACGACCACAAGUGAAAUUCUCCUGCUCCACAGUAGUUGCAAGUGCCUUUUCAAGAUCUUCUUCAGUUCUAAGAACUUUUUUGAUAGAAUCAAAUGCAGGCAAUAAGGCAAUGACUGUAUUCCGAUAUGAGCGGUUCUUCCUUUAAUGAAAUAGAAAUUUUUUUUUGUAAUGAACUGAAAUUAUAGUUUACUGAACAUCGCUUCAAAAGGUGUCGUAUUCCGCUAUGGUAUGCAUUGUUUUUUUGAAGCUGACAAAAACGAAUACCUUCGCUCCAAUGCUUAGUCUUAUUGUCUUCCAUCCACGCAAAUAACAUAUCUUCUACGUCCCGGUUAGAUCUCUCCACAGUCCCUUGAUUUUGCGAGUGUCUGGGUUUGCCAUGGACUAUUGCUAGCUCGAGCCACACUUCCCUUAACUUUUCAACUACCCGAUUAGCAAACUCUCGUCCGUUGUCCGACUGCAACACGCUGGGAGUUCCCAAAAUACAAAAAACAUCCAAUAAUGUGUGAGCUACUUCCUCUGCUGUCUUCGUCUUCAAUGGACGAAGUAUGGACCACAGUUCUGUGGUUUCAUUUCCAAAGUAGCAAAGACCAAGGUAUCUUCUAGAUAGCGAAUAUGUAUUAUUUACGAUUUUACUAUUUAUUAGUUACCAUCGUUACUCAUGAUCAAUGGUGACAGAAUGAAUUCUAUGAUGCUAACUUUGCUCAUUAUUUCCGUGCAUGUCUUAUCUGAUCCUGUUGCCUUACUGUUGCUAGCUAAGGAAAUAGCUUAAUUAGCAAUAAUUAUAAAAUUCUUCAUCUACACAUAUUUAUGUUUACUUUGUUGAUCAGAUAAUUGAAGCAGUCCAUAACACGAUUGCUCUGGCAGUCUCCCUACUAAACAUAAUCGCUAGUCCGUUUCUGUUUUUCGUUCCCUCAUCACCCGAAUAUGAUAUUCGGGUAUGAUCGUCAAUUUCUAUUUGUUGAAUGUUCUAUCUCAUUUCCCUAAUGUCCAGUAUGUUUAUAAGUACCCUUCUCAUUUAUUUGAUUAAUUAAUGUGCAUCAAAUUAAAUGUGCUAACUGUGAAGGAAACCACUCCACAAAGUUCACAAUAUAUUGCAACAAAAAUUAUGGCACGCACUACGUGAAAAGAGAAAUAACAAGCAUCAAAUCCAACCCAUUCCAAUACGACAAAUUCAAUCAAAAGUAUCAUAUGCCCAAGCAGUUGAUAAUCAAAGGAUACCAGACGACAUCCUAUCAACAAGUUUUAAGAAAUGCACGCCAAACUCACCUAGUUACUACUGUUAUCGCUAAACUAGUUUGAUGGUAAUACAACUCACAUAUAAAAUAGUUAUCUAGAAAUAUUCAUUCAAAAUAUCUAGAAAAUCUUACUCUAAUAGACGCUACGGAUUAUUGGCUUUGGAAAGUUAGCAGAAGACUAAAAAGAUCUCAACGACACAUCCUUUCAAGUAAAGGUGAGAUAACUUCUGGGCCGAAAAUAACAAAGAAUGAUGAACUCGACAUAAUUAGCUCCUUAAAAGUGCCAUUUCGUCUAAAAAUGCCUCACUGCAAGUUCAUAACUAAGGAUAUACAAUAGGUCAUAAUGAAACAAAUAAAUAUAAAAAGACUACAUGAUUUAACCAGAUUAAUGGAAUGAUUCUGCGGAAAUGCACCAUGAUAAUUUAAUUCUUUUAUUUCUUUCUUAUAGGUGAAAGUAAUAUGGCUUAUCUGGUGAACUAGAAAGUGAUGGCAACUUGAAAGAAUCGUUGAAUUUGAUGAAGUUGACUCUUCUAUAGUACUACAUAUCUUCAAUUUUGAAGGUUUUUGGAUUACAGGACUUUGAUGUAUCUGGAGAAGUUUCUGUAGAAUUGGAAAUCUUAAAAGUCUUGAAUAGUUUUUGGGUUUCUUCUGAUAGAAGUAUAACUACUUGCAGCUCAGUGAAACACCAGUUCGGAAUGAUGUUCUUUGUAAUUGGGGUCACCAAUAAAGGAUAAUAAUAUUUAUCCUUUUAUAUAAUAAUAAUAACAUUUUGGUAACUAAUGUAACAUAGAAAUAAGUAACUCGAUUUGAAAUAUCGGUUGCCACACUAUGAUCUAUAAACUUUUCGAAAAGCUAUAAGUAUGUUAAUAGACAUCACACAAUAAUAAAUUAUGGGGAAAUAAUCCAAGAUCAGCAAUUUGCCUUUCGCUACAAUCAGGAUUGCAGUGCUAAAUCAUGUUGUUCUGCAGGUUUCCUCGACAUACUUGAAGCCUUUAAUAAGAUGUAGUACGGAGGUUUACAAGUUAAACCAACGAGGCUCCUUCUGAAUCCGCACUAUCAACUCCUCACAUUAUAUUUGACACUUUCUUGUGAAACUAGGUAUUAAAUAUUGUUCAACUUAUCUCCCGUGCUACAGGAGUUGCAUCAAGGAAGCGUUCUUAGCCCAGUAAUGUAUCUAUUGUAUAGGUCAAAUGUGCCAACAACGAAAAGUACCACUUUUGCAACAUAUGUUGAUGAAACCGCAACAUUGCCUUUCGAAAUCUGUAACAUAAUCUAAACAUAAUUCAUAAGUGUAUGAAAAAUAUAAAUAUAAUAUGUCACUUUCACUAUGCUAAAAAACCCUCUCGAUUACCUUAUGAUUCAACUAGGUAUAAAGUGUGUACGUACCGUGAUUAGCUAUGGGGUUACUGCUAGUUCUUUCAGCGUUUUGGAAACAAAGUUACCAACCAGCAUUUCUUCGUCUGUAAUGAGAUCAUUCAUUGUGUCAUCCCUCUACAGAUUAGAAAAGAAGUGAUCCACCAGUUCGGUUUAUAAUACUACUAUUAAAUUUAAAAGAAAUCACUCACAUGACAUAUAAGGUUCCAUUGUCAGCUAAAAGGGCCCAUACAC